UUAUUUGCCCUUUUCCAGCGGUGGUGUCUUGUCUCUUCGCCUCGUCUCGAACCCCAAAUCCCUCACGUGCAUCGCCUCUUCUUUUGUUGUCCGAGGCGAUCCCGUCAUAUCCCAACUCGCUUGAUCGUGGAACUCCACUUUCUUGCUCCGUGCCUUUUCGGGGCUCUAGGGGACUUUAGGUAUUCGUGGUGGAUGGAGGAGCCGGGGCAGUUGAAGCGAGCGCUGGUCGAUUCUCUGGCCGGCGCCGUCUCUGGUGGGAUCUCCAGGACGGUGACUUCGCCGUUGGAUGUGAUCAAGAUUAGGUUUCAGGUUCUUAGGAAUCCAGAGUGCCCUGCUGAAGGUAUGGAGUGCAUUUCAUGCAAGAUGAUUGUGAUGCAAGGGGAGUCAGGUUCAAAUAGAGCCGACAUCUUCGUGGGCCUUACUAAAAAGGGAUUUGUAUGGUACUUCAAAAUAUACAGGCAUUUUACAAGCUACUAGAGAUAUUUUUCGAGAGGAAGGGAUUCUGGAGAGGGAAUGUUCCAGCUCUACUAUUAUACAUGCCUUACACUGCUAUACAAUUCACAGUUCUGCACAAAUUGAAAACUUUUGCAGCAGGCUCAUCUAAAACAGAGGAUCACUUGCAGUUGAGCCCUUAUUUGUCUUACUUUAGUGGGGCAUUAGCAGGAUGUGCAGCCACGAUAGGAUCAUAUCCUUUUGAUCUUCUACGAACCAUUUUAGCGUCACAGGGUGAGCCAAGGGUUUAUACAACCAUGAGAUCUGCUUUUCUUGACAUCAUGAAAACUCGUGGUGUACGAGGAUUAUAUGCUGGCUUCUCACCUACACUUGUUGAGAUCAUUCCUUAUGCUGGACUGCAAUUUGGAUCAUACGACACUUUCAAGCGAUGGAUGAUGGCGUGGAACAGAUACAGAUUUUCCAAUAUUAGCUCAAUGAGGCCAGAUGAUUCUCUCUCUAGCUUCCAGUUGUUUCUAUGUGGGUUUGCAGCUGGAACGUGUGCGAAAGCCAUUUGUCACCCUCUUGAUGUGGUCAAAAAGAGAUUCCAGAUUGAAGGUCUACGGAGACAUCCAAAGUAUGGGGCAAGAGUUGAGAACCAGACAUACAAGAACAUGUACCAUGCCCUAUGGCAGAUAUUGCAUGUGGAAGGGUGGCCAGGUCUCUACAAGGGCAUCUUCCCAUCGCUAAUAAAAUCUGCUCCUGCUGGUGCAGUCACAUUUGUCGCGUACGAGUACAUCUCGGACUGGUUGGAAACUCUACUCACAUGAAAAGCGUUAAUAUAGUUAUUUGGUUUGUUAGUUCUCUAUACAGCAAUUCUUUUUAAUUUUCUGGGGAAGUGCAAUUUUCAUUAAAGCCACUUCAUUAUGGCAAACAAUGUUUUGGUGCAUCAGAUGAGUUUUUGCAAGCCCAUGCAAUCAUGAUGCAUGGUUAGGAAGUGUUAGCAACAACUUAAUUAUGCUCAUUCUUGCAUUUGCUUGCCCUAACAAGGCCCUGUCUUUUGUAACAUGAAUAAACCACUCGGGCUAAAAGAUAUAGCUCUGUAAUUUUUUUUCCCAGGAAAGGAACGAGGGGAGAGGUUGCUUUAAAAGCUCA